AUGUUUUCUACUGCCAUAUUAUUAGUCGCGGCAACUAUAGUUGCUGCAGGCAACCAGUUCAACGAUUGUGUCCUAGCCGGUCCUCGUUGGCCACAACCAUUACACCUGUCAGGCAGCCAGAGGCUUUCAAGUGCCAUCGCCGAGUUUGAACGCCUUCUAACGGACGAAACUCUUAAUCUUCAACCGCAUGAUACGGCUUGGGGUGUGUCCCUUUUCUCGACCAAAGAGAACAGAACCCUCUAUGAACACUACUACACGCCUCCGAUCAACGUUGGGGUGAAAGAAGUCAAUGGUGACUCCAUAUUCCGCAUUGGAAGCGUCUCAAAAGUUUUCAGCGUAUGGGCGUUUCUUAUCGAAGCCGGUGACCGUUACUUCAACGACCCCAUCACCAAAUAUGUCCCUGAGCUUGCAAACCUAUGGGAGGAUGUGACUCUGGGUGAGCUCGCCAGCCAGGCGGCAGGCAUAGCUCGGGAUGCAACCGACGGCGACUUAUCAGCAGAGAUUACCUCAUUCCAGGCCCAAGGCUUAGGAUUUCCCGUCCUUGAUAAAAUGGAAGUACCGGUAUGUGGAGUACCCGGGGUGACGCGACGUUGCACACGCAAAGAGACAUUUUUCUAUCUUCUGAAGCAACAUCCCACCUUUCCGAGUGCACAUUCGCCUGCUUAUAGCAAUAUUGCCUUUACGUUGCUUGGCUAUGCUCAAGAGGCCAUCACGGGGAAAAGCGUCAAGUACGCUGUUACAAAGAGCAUAUUUGAUUCGUUGAACAUGGAAAACAGCAGUUUUGAGGAGACCCCGUCAUCUGGCGGAGUCAUCCCUGGUAAUAAUGCCUCAGAGGUCGGCUGGGAUUUGAACCUUGGGCAAACAGCCCCCUCGGGAUCUAUGUACAGCUCCGUCAAUGACAUGGUCAAAGCCGGCAGAGCAAUACUCGAGUCUACGCUCAUCUCACCAGCUCAAACUCGCCGUUGGCUCAAGCCACUGAUCCAAACGGGCUACAUAAGCACUGCAGUUGGUGGUCCAUGGGAGAUUCGAAACCUGGAAUUUUCAGACCAUCGCAUCGUCCAGUGUUACACGAAACAAGGCGACUUGGGAAGCUACCAUGCAGCUCUAGUGCUAUCGCCAGAACAUAGCCUUGGUUGGGUCGUGCUCGCUGGUGGAACGAUCAAUUCGAAUGCCUCCGACACUCGCACUAAACUGUUUAAUGCCUUCGGCGAUAUAUUCCUCCCAGCGGCUGAAGAUCAGGCCAACCAAGAGGCAAUCGUUAACUUCAACGGCACGUAUGCUGAUGAGGCCACUAACAGCUCAGCGGUCAUCGUCGUUGAAGACAAGGGCCGCCCGGGACUUGGGAUUAUCAGCCUGAUCAGCCAUGGAGUGGAGAUUGUUGGUCCUAAGAGCCCACUAAUUGGGCUUUACGGAGCCGGGCAGGCAGGGCGAUUAUACCCGUCACAGUUGAAAACGGUAAGCCGACAUACGAACGGAUCGGGGACCUAUGAAUCUCGACUAGGCUUCAGGGCGACAUUCUUCAACGAAACAAAGCCAGGAGAAUUAGAGGACCCAUGCCUCAUGGCCUGGGCUGGGUUGGGUGCGCCAUUAUACGGGCAGAGGUCCCUCGAUGACUGGGUAUUUGAGAUUGGAGAGGAUAAUAAGGCAACACGGUUGGAUGUCCGGAUGUUAAGGCUUGGGCUAGAAAGAAAGUAG